UCGUGCCAGAAUUUUCCCUUGGUGAUUAUGUGGGACACGUUUUGGGAAACGCUCGUCCCCCGUUCCCAGAUAGUGGACUCGUCCUGACACUGCCAUGUUGGAUGGAACUGGCUCCGGGCUCUCUAGCGGCCGGACUUCCCAGGAAAGUUUUUACCGAUUUACGUCUUCGCUCAGUCGCUGCAAAGUUGACCUUAAUAUAAAGAGGAGCGGGACAUCGCACGGCUCUCCUACCCGGCGUACAUUUUUGGCAGCCCGGUGUUGUAGAGCUCCGGGAGAAAGCGGACCGGUGUGAGGGGGUCGGAGGAAGGCCACGGAUGACCGAGGGAUUGUUUAUGUAUGUUUUUGGAUCUCAUAUAACGAGUUAGAGUCGGUGCAUACUUCACAAACUGAUCUCCAAUAAUGAGUGGACAUCCGCCGCAACGGCGGCAAACUAAUGUCGGUUCGAUGCUACUGACACCGCAGGAAAAUGAAAGCCUUUUCAACCACCUUGGCAGGAAAUGCAUCACACUGUCUUCAGCAGUGGUCCAGGUGUUCACAGCAGAUAGGAACUCCAGCUGGAACAAGAGAUGCUGCGGAGUGGCCUGUCUGGUCAAAGACAACCCCCAACGAUCCUACUUCAUCAGGGUCUUUGACAUCAGGGAGGGAAAGAUGAUGUUUGAACAGGAGCUGUACAACAACUUCAUGAUGAACUUCCCCAAACACUACUACAUCACAUUUCCUGGAGAUACAUGCCAAGUGGGUCUGAACUUUGCCAGCGAGGAGGAGGCCAAACGUUUCCACAGCCAUGUGUCCGAGCUACUGGGGAAAAGACAGAGGAAAACUGAGAAGAGACGCGACCCUCCAAAUGGUCCUACGUUGCCCAUGGCGACCGUCGACAUCAAAAACCCGGAGAUCAACAGUGUUCAGCGUUACCAUAACAACUCUCAGGUGAACAACAUCGUGCACUCCUCCUUCCCCAAGAGGGAGAAGAAGGGAAAGGGGAAGAGGAAGAGGCUGACCAAGGCGGACAUCGGCACGCCGAGCAACUUCCAGCACAUUGGACACGUAGGAUGGGAUCCAAACACAGGCUUUGACUUGAAUAACUUGGACCCAGAGCUAAAGAACCUGUUUGACAUGUGCGGCAUCUCCGAGGCUCAGCUGAAGGACAAGGAGACCUCUAAGGUCAUCUAUGACUUCAUUGAGAAAAAAGGAGGCGUAGAGGCUGUCAAAAAUGAGCUGCGGAGACAAGGUCCGCCCAGGUGGAGCGCUCCUCCACCGCCUCCAUCCAGAGGUGGCCCUCCUCCCCCGCCCCCGCACCACAGCUCGGCCCCUCCACCUCCUCCCCCGGCCCGGGGGCGAGGUGCCCCACCGCCUCCACCCCCCUCCAGAGCUCCGGUCUCUGCGCCCCCGCCUCCCCCUCCAUCCCGGCCGGGCAUGUCCGCUCCGCCGCCUCCCCCUCCGAGCCGAGGCUUCCUCCCACCUCCCCCUCCGCCAGCUCACGCCUCGAUUCCCGUGGCGGCGCCUCCCCCGCCGCCGCCUCCCCCCUCGUCCUCGACCCCAUCCAGCGCCGGGGCGCCGCCUCCACCUCCUCCUCCUCCCCCGCCUCCAGGCCCUCCACCCCCUGCUCCUCCGCUGCCCACGGAGGCUAACGAAGGGGACGGCGGCCCCCCCGGGAAGUCGGCGCUGCUGAGUCAGAUCAGAGAAGGCACCCAGCUGAAGAAGGUGGAGCGUGGGGAGAGGCCGGUGUCCAGCACCGGCAGAGACGCACUUCUGGACCAAAUCCGACAAGGAGUCCAACUUAAACCGAGGGAUGAGAAUACCGAUUCAACUCCUUCCACCCCGGCCCCCUCGGCAGGCAUCGUAGGGGCCCUGAUGGAGGUGAUGCAGAAAAGGAGCAAGGCUAUUCACUCCUCAGAUGAGGAUGAUGACGAUGAAGAUGAUGAGGACUUUGAGGAUGAUGAUGAAUGGGACGACUAGCGAUUUUGUUUUUUUUUUUUCUUUCUCCCCAUGGAUGAUUAUGACACUAAAAAUCGUUGUUGUCUUUCUAAAAAGAAAUCUUUAAUUUCAAAAUUCUAAAUGUAAAUGUUCUAUCAAUUUGCUGUAUAUUUUUGUUGCCUUUAUGCUUUUUUAUUAAUCUGUGCAAUACCUCAUUUAAUCUGUAAAUGUUUGUCACUCUCAUAUCUUAGGUUGUUGUUUCUUUUUCUUCGUCGCGUCCGUCUGUUCCUGUCUCUCGAUAGCGAUCUGUCUCAUCUGUCAUUUUAACUACGUUCUGCUUUUUUUUCUCAUCCCUCUGCAUCUUUCUCUCCUCCCACGUCCCCAACUCUUUGAUGUUUAUCACCUCCAUCUGUCGCUCGGCCCCCCGUCACACAUGUUCCUUCCCUGUCACUCUCAUGUUCUCAGAUUAACGUGCAAUUUUACAUCAAGUUGUCUCUUGAACGUUAGAGUUGAAUGUUUUUUUUUCUUUUGGUUAGUGAUUGAAGGGAGGGCUUACAAAAUACGUUGGCACACAUCCCUCAGAAAUCAUGUCAUCGUUGUUCGUCAGGAGGAAAAAAAUUGAACUAUUUUCAUACCCUAUUGCUCUGUAGUUUAUUUUUACUUAUCCAAAUGAUCCUAGUUUAGCACUCAUAUUUUCUUAAAACAAAGAAGAAAAAAAGAAAAUGCUCUUUUUUGGAAUAUUUAGCUUCAUUUGCUGUCGACUGUAAAUUUGCUCCAGAGUUUGAGUCUUGUUAUAUUUUUGCACAGAUUGAAAGAGGAGACUCGCUGCAUCAAUACAGGACAUUUUCAGGUCUGUAUCAUUAUGGAACAUGCAUCUGCUUUAAGUAAUGAGGCAAAACACACCGUUAACACACACCAUACUACAUACAGUAAACGCAUGGAGGCAGUCCACAGUGUUAUCUGUUGUGGAUUUUAGUUCUCUUAUUUUUUUGGUCACUGUCACACUACAGAUUCUGUUCAUUUUGUUCUUUUCACAGUAGCAAGCAGAGUAUUAAUAAAUGCCUGUUUGUUGGAAUCAGGUCUUUCAUCAUGUAAAGCUCGAGGAAUAAAGACAUUUUAGUUUUACACACCUGAUGCUUAUAAUGGGUCCAUUGCUAAGUUACUGUGCAGAAACAGCAGAGCUAAAGUAGAGAGAACCCUGUGAUAGACACUAAGUGCUGGGGGGACGAACAUUAGAUUCAUGGCUUUAUUCAAACAAGUAUCAAUAUUGUCUUGACUAACUAGAACAUAAUGAGGUGCCACAUAGGAAGUGCUUUUACUAAAACUCAGACAGUGGUCAGUGAUUCCCUUCAAAGACCAAAUAAUCAGCUGCUGACAUGUAUUUUAUCCAUUUAGAUCAAAUUUCCCCGUUAACCUUAGGAAUAUGUUUUGUUUAAAGGAAAAUACUGAUGCCAGAUUUGAACGACAGCUGCCCUGUUACCCUGCUGUAUCAGGAACUAACAUAUCUGUGGCCUGAUGUGGAGACUAUAUUUUUGCAUUGCUUUCUAACCAACCAGAGUAGAUUUUUCUCUCUUCAAAGCAAAACUGUGUAACUUUUGCAAAACAGCAGCUUCUGUGGCAACAAGUGACGGAGUGCUAAACGCUCAAAACCUGCUGUAGCAAUAGCACAGAUGCAGAGGAAUAGCUUCUGUUUGUUUGCUAACUUUAUCCAGCAUAUGCUAACUGGUCAUACCAGACCAAGAAAGGCUGUAGCAGCAAACGUUUUAUUGCUAAUUAAUACAACUCUUCAUUUGUAAGAAGAAGAAUGUGUUAUUUUGUCUUUCAGAAGUUGCGUAGACUUGCUUUUAUUCUCUGCAUUGAGUGGCAGCCAUGUUAGCUCUACAGUAGGCGCUAGGUUUAGCUAAUAUUAGUCACUUAUGGAGCUGCUUGGUUGGCCUAAAGGUGUGCAGGUGUCAGUCUUAACCAGACUAAUGGUUUGUGUCUGAUAAUGUUAGGAUGUUGUUUCCACAAAGCUUUAGCAUUAAAUUAGCACGUAUGUCAAGAUUGUUAAGAGUCCUGAAAGUAAGUACAGUUUGUCACAACACUACCAGAAGAAUUAGCAGCGUAGCACUCAGCAGCUAGACCUCAAAACUGUACAUGCUAACAAGCUAUAUGCUCAUACUGCUAACAUGUUUUUGGGUUAUUAAAGAGCCGAUACUGAAACUUCUUUCCCGCAGUGCGACAAACUGAAAUACAUGCUGAAAUGUUUCCAAACUCCUUUGUUUGUUUUUGUUUUCUCUAUAUUCCAGUCAGCUAAAAGAGGAAUGUCGGUGUCCUCCGUUAAUUCUGUCUUUGAGAGACAAAUUGCCACGUGUCUGAUGUUAAAAGCUGACCUCUUCUGUCGGAUAUCAAGAUACUUUUUUUGGGAGGAAAAAACCUAGCCAUGUUUUUGCUGAUGUUAGCUUCUGUAGGUAACUCGGUUAAUAAGAUGUUAUGGACGCCAUGCCUUAUCAAAGAGGCUGGACAAAUACUGAACUCUGACAUUAUACACUCCAAUAAAAGGUUGAUAUUUA